AUGGGGAAGCCAUUCCAAAGAAUUCAUGCCUCUAUAGUAGGCAAAUUCCAAGACGGCAUCGGCGAAAAGAUCCCACAGUGGAUUCGGGCAAAUGGGGGCCAGUUCUCGAGAGAGCUCAGCCCGCGAGUUACCCAUCUCAUUGCCACAAAGGAGGCAUUCAAAACCCAUGCAGCUCCAGUUGAGUCUGCCAAGAAGAUCAGCACCAUCAAGAUCGUUUCAUACGACUGGCUUGAAGACUCGCUGCUGUCAAACACCCGCAGGCCAAAGCCCGAAGGGCCAUAUCUUCUGAAGAAUCUGAUGAAGCCUGAGAAGAAGGAAAUUCAGAAGAACAAGGCCACGGCGAAGCCCGCAAAGGUGGUCAAGGAGAUCAAAGCAAAGGUCGCGAAACGUCCGAUAGCUGAUCCUUUCCUUGGCCUAAAGGGCAAAAAAAAGCCCGUGCGUCGUGUGUACCAGGACAGAAAGACAGGUGUGAUUUUCAGCACCACUUUGUUCCGCCCAUCGAAACCACCAGUCACUAGCAGAGAAAAAUACCAAUUGACUCUUUUCGAAUCCGUCGCCGAACCACACACCUACUCGGCCUACGCCAAAUUCAGCCGCGUUGGCACAUCCAAUGUCGAACUACUGGCGGGACCAAGGUGCAAACUCGAGCUUGCCGUGGAUAAAUUCAAGCAGUUCUUCAAGGAACAGACUGGCAAGGAAUGGGACGAAAGGGCAAACGGAAAGAUGCCACCCCCAAAGACAGGCCCCGACGGAAAUAGCUUGCCUGUUCACGAGGGGUGGUUCUAUCUCGAGGAAAAGACGACUAUCCUUGGUGCAUUCCUCAGGGAACCCCAGAGCACGGGGUGUCAAGGAUCGACUGGCCACAUCUCAUGCGAUGGUAUCAAGGAGGACGGGCCCGAAAAGAUAGCAAAUUACCAAGUCGAAGAUGGUGGCGAAGAUGAUCACGAAAAUGGGGGUAAAAGUGGGGAUGAAGAUGGAUCUGAAGCUGAGGCUGAUGUUGAGGAGGACGAGGAGGAGGAAUAG